AUGGCAAGGGAAAUCGUUGUUUCAUUUAUUUCAAAAAUUGCUAAAUGUAUUAUUGGACCUAUUGGACAUCAAUUUGGUUACACAGUCUUCCACAACAGCAACCUUAAAGGGUUGAAAACUGAUGUUCAAAAGCUGGAGGGAACCAAAGACAGUGUGCAACACUCUGCUGAUGAAGCUAAAAGGAAUGGAGAAGAGAUUGAAAAAAUUGUGCAGCACUGGCUGCACAAAGCGGAUGGCACUAUUGCUGAGGCAAAGAAACUUAUUGACUUUGAAGGCCAUGCAAAUGUUGGAUACUUUCCCAAUAUAUGGACAAGGCACCAACUGAGUAGGAAAAGAAAAAGGAUGACACGAGAUUUAUGA